UAGCCGUUGUAUCAUACAAAAUGCAAAAACCCUAGAAUCCUCGACUAGCCGUUUGAAAAGAAAUAUUACAACUGAGACUCAAAGCCAUAAACCCAUAAAUUGAAAAGAGAGGGGAGCGUCUCAUCAAUUCUUCAUUGGGUCCUCCAUCUUCUCUCUUCUCAAUUCUCAACCAACCACUCAACAAGCGCUAUUCUAUUCGUCUCUUUUUAUUACUUUCUUGUUCUUUAAUUAAUCUGUCUAUAACCCUGAUCUUAGUUUUUGCAGGCUUUGAUAAUCUUGUUUUAUUUCACACAUAUUACUUUGUUUUUUUUUUUUUUGUUUUGUUUUUGUUUUGUGCUAACACAAUGGAUACAGGAUAUUUGAGUUCUGCAUCAGCAAGUAAGACCAGAUCUCGUUGCCCUCUUCAGGAACAACUUCUUCACAGGAGAAAUUCUUCUCAAAAUUUGGAUAGGUUCAUUCCGAAUCGAUCAGCGAUGGAUAUGGACUAUGCACAUUACAUGUUGACAGAGGCAAAGAAAGGUAAGGAAAAUCCAGCUGUUGACUCUCCCUCCAGAGAGGCAUAUAGGAAGCAGCUUGCAGAAACAUUCAACAUGAACAGAUCUCGUAUACUGGCAUUCAAGAACAAGCCACCCACUCCUGUUGAGGCCUUUCCCAAUGAAUUCUCAUCAUCUGUUCAACAGGCCAAGCCUGCUAAACCCCGUCGACACAUUCCUCAGACUUCUGAAAGGACACUAGAUGCUCCGGAUCUAGUCGAUGACUACUAUUUGAAUUUAUUAGAUUGGGGCAGCAGUAAUGUUCUUUCUAUUGCUCUAGGCAGCACUGUAUAUCUGUGGGAUGCAUCUGAUGGUGCCACUUCAGAGCUGUUCACUGCUGAUGAAGACAAUGGUCCUGUUACAAGUGUAAAAUGGGCUCCUGAUGGUAGACAUAUUGCUGUUGGUCUGAACAAUUCUGAUGUUCAGCUCUGGGAUACAACAGCAAAUCGACUGCUGAGAACUUUGAGAGGUGGUCACCGAUCCCGAGUUGGCGCUCUAGAUUGGAACAAUCACAUUUUGACAACAGGGGGAAUGGACGGUCAGAUCAUAAACAACGAUGUGAGAGUGAGAUCCCCAAUUGUUGACACUUACCAAGGACAUCAUCAAGAAGUUUGUGGUUUAAAAUGGUCAGCCUCUGGACAACAAUUAGCAAGCGGUGGAAAUGAUAACCUUCUUCAUAUAUGGGACAGAUCAAUGGCUUCUUCCAACUCUACAACACAGUGGCUUCACAGACUUGAAGAUCAUACAGCUGCUGUUAAGGCCCUUGCUUGGUGUCCUUUCCAGGGUAAUUUAUUAGCCUCUGGUGGUGGUGGAGGUGACCGGUCCAUUAAGUUCUGGAACACUCAUACUGGUGCUUGUGUGAACUCUAUUGAUACGGGAUCUCAGGUUUGUGCCCUGCUAUGGAACAAGAAUGAACGCGAGCUCCUAAGUUCUCAUGGUUUCACUAAGAAUCAGCUCACUCUUUGGAAAUAUCCUUCCAUGGUUAGGGUAGCUGAGCUUACUGGUCACACAUCCAGAGUACUUUUCAUGGCACAAAGUCCAGAUGGUUGCACAGUGGCAUCUGCAGCUGGGGAUGAAACUCUUAGAUUCUGGAAUGUAUUUGGAACUCCUGAAGUUGCAAAGCCUGCACCAAAAGCCAACCCUGAGCCAUUUGCUCACUUGAACCGUAUUCGAUGAAUUUAUUGUGUGGAGUGACGGAAUUCUAUCAUGCACAAAUGCUGGAUCAAACGACUGAAUGUAUAUAAAAUAGUUGUUUGCUCAAGUUGCUGCAAGAAUUUUUCUUGGUCAUCUAUAGUGACAAAAAAACCACGUGUAAGAUUUUUAACAUAAAACAAUUGUAUUGUAAAUUGGUUUUUGCAUAAGAUAGACAGGGUAGUCAAACAUGCCUGCCCUGCUAAUAUAGACUCUGUGUUGGAAAGGAGUUGUGUCUUUAUUGUGAUUAGAUAAAAUUUCCGUUAAAUAUUUUACACAAUUCAAUA